AUGCAAAGUGGGUUGAUAUCUGCAAUGCUCUCACUUACCCUUCAAUCUGUUGGUGUUAGGGCUUUUUAUGGAUCUUCAAUUGGCAAUCUAUCAAUUAGUUGUUUAAUUCCAUCAGGUCUUUGUAGAUUAUGCACUUCUUUAGAAACACUUACAUUGAAUGAAGGUGUCAGUCAAAUCGGUCCUUUUGCAUUUUCAGAAUGUACUUCAUUAAUUGGAUUCACAAUACCUAAAAGAUUAACAAAAAUUCUAGAAUUUGCAUUUGAAUCAUGUUCAUCUUUAUCAAAUGUGAGAAUGGUGGCUAACUGUAAUCUAGAAUCAAUUGAAGGAGGAUGUUUCUAUGGUUGUCAUAAUUUGAAAUUUAUCAAUUUGAGCAUAUAUGAUACUUCUUAUUUAUUCCAAAAUGGUGCUUUAACUUUUCAUAAUCAAAGUAAAUUAAUGGUUUUUAUUCCAUAUAGUGGAAUCAAAAAUUUCAUUGUACCAAAUGAUAUGGAAGUUAUAGGACGAUGUGCUUUUAUGGGAAGUCCAACUCUUCUCAGGGUUUUCUUCAAUGGAAACAAAAUUAAGAUGAUAGAGUAUCAGGCAUUCAAAGAUUGUCCAAACUUAAAUCUGAUAUUCAUUGCAUCUUCAAAUUCCAUUUCUCUUGGAAAUCAAGUUUUUGAUGGUUGCCCUUUGCUCAGGAAAUGCGGAUCAUUCUCUGUGCCUCAAGAUAUUAAGCAAAUAUUUAUAGCUCAGAAAAUUCCGAAUAUUGCGUUUUCAGAUGAAUGUCCUAUGGAAAAUUCAUGUGAGCAAAUUCGGUUUUCUUUCAUAUCUAUAUUUGCUUUUUGCCCAUUUAUUUUAUUAUAA